CCCCGGCUGCACUUGAGCAAACGACGUCUUGUCUUCUGUCAAACGUCAACGACGACGACGAUCACCACCACCACCACUUCUUCCACCAAGCUUCUAAACCUCAUCAUAUUUGGGUACAACAUCUUGUGCUUACCGGGCAUGACCGAAGUUUUCUCUUCAUCAUUAUCAUUUGCCUGCUUACCUUCUGUUUCUACAUCAUUCUUCUUACAGGUUCCAAUGAGGCUGUGCGAGCUAGGUCUCUGCCAAUGCGGCCACGGUCACAACGCGUCACAAAACGCAAGGCUGAGCACCAUAUCACAGCACAACCACUUUUCUACAACUUUACUUGAGCCUCUUCCUCACCAAAUUCUGAAAAGGGAUGUCGGCACCAAGAGUUGCUGAUCCGGCAUAGUCAAAUGAGUUGUUAAUGUCCAUUGACCAAUCACGAUGUCUCCGGUAUGCCACGGCACCACCAAGUCAACUAUUAGCACCCACGAGGCUACCUCAGCCGUUUCAGGAAGGGAAUCACAAUACCAAGACUUGCCACCCCCCUCCCAUUCCACACUAUGGUGGGAGGAGGGAACCUCCAUCGAUCCCCUUUCCAGGAAGCACACCAACCCCAUACCCACAACCUCGUCAAGAGGUGAAUGCUCAGCCUCCGCCAUAGUAACACCGGACCAUUCCCUGAUGAACAGCAACGAGAUGACUCCACUCCUCUCCCGUACGGAGUGUUCUUGGGGCCCGGAGAGCUUCCGAUAUGCCCGUCGUCUUGUUUCAGAAGACGCCCUCCCGUUGGUUACGACUUGGCUAUCCACUGAACUCAUCGCCAUAAGGUUCCGCAUCAGGUGCUUCUCGUGCAUCCGCUCCUUACCCAAGGUGCCACAGGCUCGCACCUGCGUGCAAAGAGUCUAUACGGGCCGGCAAAUCACAGGGCUGGAUAUCGGCUCUCCUGUGACGGAGUAA